UUCGCUCGGUGCGAUCUGCUCUUCAGUUUAUCUUCAUUUUUUAUUGCAUAUUAACCUUUUCUAUUCCCUGUUUUUAAACGUGAUUAGUGUUUUUUUUUAUUACAAUGAAAAGUUCAACAAAGUCGUGGUAUUUAAAUUUAACAAUAGGUGAGUAGAUCAUCUAUAAAUCGAAUAGUGCAGGGCUUCCUUGGUUCUGUUCUUACUUUACUUUUCGCUUAAACUGUUUAAUUAAAGACGUGACACGAUUUGUGCACUCAAAAAAUUUUAAACGCAAUUUUAAUAGUCCCGCCAUUCCUUUGUAUUUACCAUUCUUUAAAAAAUAAUAUUUAUUUUAGUCUUAACUUUAGUCUGCAGAAUAUAAUGAUGCAUUUAAGUAUAAUAAUUAAAAAAUGAUUCAUUCAAAUUUGAGAUUUAAACGUUUAAAUCACCGUUCAGUGGAAAAAACAUCUCAAUCGUCAUAACAAGAAAUAAUUGAAAGAGUAAUGAAGAUUAUAUCUCUUCAAAAAUAUGAAAAAAAUAACAUGAAAAAACUUAAUUGAAGAAAAGGAAAGAUUUCAAGCUUGCGUAUAAUUGAGCUUUUUCCUGGCGGGUUCCGUACUUUUUUGUCCUUAACAACUUCGCAAUCGCCGGAGCGCGACAGACUUUGCAUUCUACUCGACGGUGCAGUAUUCGAUCGCAGUGCACGUGCAGCUGUCGGCUGGGCAGUACCGUGUUUUAGUGCGUCGUCGCACAUCGCAUGUCAUUUACGAUGCUCUUCGACGUUUUCUUCGAAAAACCAACGGGGAAAAGGCGAAGGUGCAAAUUGCCAUUGUUAAAAACAAUAUAUAGCCGCUCAGAAGGCGAUCGCAUGUCACCAACUAUGCAUCGUGAUCAUCUUCGAUCUGAAUAAAAGAAAAUCAAGGAAAUGGUUUCCACGGAAGCUGAUUGGGAUAUUGCCAGAAAAGGAAUUGCUCUUCUGUUGAAUAAUCAAACCGACGAAGCCGAAAGAUUGUUCUCUCAACAUCCUCGCAGUUUUCAAAUAAAAGCUGGGCGAUGUUUCGUAUUAUUCAUGAACGCCUUGAUGACGUUCGAGGAGGACAAGGUGCGCCAGGCAGUCGAGCUUUUACGAGACAUGGAACGAGAUUGUCAAGCCAACGACGACGGUUGGCUCAGAUCCAUGAAAAAUCGAGUUUUCGGCCCUGCUGACCUAACGGCCAAGGAGUACGUGCAGAGAUUGGAACGACAGGUCGUGUUGGCGGACUCGCAAGUGUGCGCGGCACUUUUGACACUUCUGCAACAGGAGCUGAGCGGCUACGUGCGCGCCGGCUGGAUGCUGCGUAAAGCUUGGCGGAUCUAUCAAAGCACCUAUAAUCAGAUACUGCAGCUGCAUAGACGUACUUUUGGCACCUGUCCAUCUGGUUUUGCAUCACUGCGAGGUAGUAUCAGCGGCAGCGGAAAUCCACCGUCGCAGCUGACCAGUCCCUCAAGUCCCAAUCAGCCCGACUGGUCACCCGCCUCAUCGUACAACGGCAGCGCGAGGAGCUCGUUAAACGAUGGUGGACCUGGGCCCUACGUCACGCCCACUUCGCCGUUCGAAACACCGUCGUCAGGUCUGCGCAGCUCACUAUCAAUGCUCUUCUCGUUCGCCGGCAUCUCCUCAGAACAACCGACACCGUUCGUGGAACCGACAGAAGUCACUCGUUUAAUGACGGCCGUUAGCUUCGGUUACGGAGUAUUUCAACUAUUCGUGAGCUUGAUGCCACCCACCAUGCUAAAAUACAUCCACUUGCUGGGUUUUGAAGGUGACAGGCAAGCAGGCCUCACGGCUCUCAUGUACUCGAGAUCCAGCCAAGACAUGCGAGCUCCACUCGCUACGCUAGCCUUGCUUUGGUUCCAUACAAUCGUCAGACCAUUUUUCGGACUGGAUGGAGCGAACGUAGAGGCUGGCGUCGAAGCUGCCAAAGAACUUCUCAUAGAGAGCCAGCCAGAAUUCGGAGACUCGGCUGUUUUUCUUUUUUUCCACGGCAGAAUUGAACGUUUGCAGUCGAACGUCAAUGGAGCAUUGCGUGCCUACCAGAGAGCUGUGCAAUUAUCCUCGCAGAGAGAAGUGAAGCUACUAUGUUUGCACGAGGUUGCCUGGUGCCAUUUGAUUCACCUUAAUUACGAAGAAGCUCACGGCUCCUUGACCAAAUUACAGGAAGACUCUCGUUGGUCUAAGAGCUUUUACGCUUAUCUAGCCGCCGUGUCUUCUGGAUCCGAUGGACACUUUGAUCGAGUAAUUUCAAUCAAUCGGAAGUUGAUAUUUCUGUUGACCGGCACCGCAAGAGAAUCCCAAAUUGGCAUUUUCAUUGCAAGGCGAGCUCCAAAACUCAUAAAUCCUGAUAAUGGCGAAGUUUACACCGUCCCGCACUAUAGAAUGCUGGUUUACGAGCUGCUGUAUUUGUGGAAUGCCAUGCCCUCGUGCUCCAAAGAAUCACUUCGCGUUAUUGUAUUUGAUUGUAGAAACAGUCGGUCAGAAGAACCCAUGACUGGCCUGGCUGACCUUCUCGAAGGUGCAGCUUAUGCUUUCCUCGGAGACCAAGAUGCUUCAGUGAGGUGCUAUCGAAAUUGCUUAGCACGCCGUACACCGUCCAAAGAUGUCAUAGAUCAGCAUAUUAGUGCAUUUGCUCUUUAUGAGUUGGGCAGUGCAUUGUGUGAUAUGAAAAAUUAUGAAGAAGGAAGAUUUUGUUUUCACAAAGCGCUAACGAUGUACAAAAAUUAUGAUUUCGAUGGUCGCCUUAGCGUUCGAAUUCAUUCUGCGCUCAAGAAAGUUUUGACUAUCGACUUCACAUUAAAAAUUUACCAAAAUGGUUGCAGUUUUGAACCGGGAAAUUGUGUUGUUCAAGAUCAUUCUUGCAGAAAAGGCUCUUGGUUUUGUAAAUUUCUCAAACCAUUGUUUUCUUUUGUAGUGUCUGUUGCUCUCGUAUUAUCCAUAUCUCAUGUAUGUGAAAAAUAUUCGUCCAAUAACUCUUUUCGAGAAAUUAAGGCAGAUUUGAGUUCAUUAAGGAAUAAUUUGAACAUACUCUCGGAUGACGUGAAAACUUUGAUGGAAGCAAAAGAAUUGCAUACGAGUAAAUGGAAAGAUGUAGCAUGUAAGGUUCCUAAAAUAACUGAGGCCAUUUCUAACUUAAGAACGGAAUUGACUGAAGAAGCGGAAAGAUUACAAGAAUUGUCAUCUCCGGAUAAUAUUAAAAAAAUAACAAAUCAACAACUCGAAAUAUAUAAUGCAGAUAAAACUGGGCAAGCAGAUUAUGCUUUAGAAACAUCAGGUGGAGCAAUUAUUUCUAUUAGGAAAACAGAAACAUACACAGGUGGCGCAGUGGCUUGGAAAUUAUUAGGAAUGCCUAUUUGUAAACAAGAUAAUAAUCCAAGAUCUAUUAUUCAGAAAGGGGUAUUACCUGGGGAAUGUUGGGCUAUCAGAGGAAACACUGGAGAAGUAGUAAUUCAACUAAUGGGUAGCGUUCGUGUGUCUGGUUUUAGUCUUGAACAUAUAUCUCCUGCUAUCUCUCCUACCGGUGAAAAUAGUUCAGCUCCGAAAGAAUUUUCAAUUUGGGGUCUUGACGAUGAGCACGAUAAAAAUCCAUUUAUGUUUGGUAAAUAUACUUAUGAUAUUAAGGGUCCAGCUGUACAGUUUUUCUCCAUACAGAAGGAUCCAAAGAGGGCAUAUGAAUUUGUUGAAUUGAAGAUUCAUUCCAAUGGUGGCAAUAGCAAAUAUACAUGUAUCUACAGAAUCAGAGUGCACGGCAUUCUUGAAUCGUAUCAAGAGAUUAGAGUUUAGAUUUAACAGAUGUGCAUACAACUUUUACAUGAAUAAGUUUGAAACAAGAUGUAAGGGAAUUUUAUGUUUCAAGUAACUGAGAAAAUUCUGAACCCCCAUUUUCUAUAUUUG